CAUGAGCUAGGCUGAUACCAUGUAAGAGAGGGAGAAUAGGAGAGAAUAAUGGCUUGUAUUCCUCCAAACCCUAGAAGGGUGGGAUAUAUCGUUCCUAUACAUGGGCCUCUAUACAUGGGCUCAAUAUACACCAACAUGUAGGUCUAACAUGCAAAUCUGUUUAGUGUAUUCUUUGUGCUACACAUGGGUCUGAUCUUGUUGAUUUAAUGUGAACUCUCCUACUAAAUCUGACUUGUCUUAGGUGGUAGUCUUCCAUGGUUUACAAUUUUUUACAUUAUUUUUCUCUGAUGCACUUUAAAAUAAGAAUCAUGGUUCAGACUUCAGACUGCCAGAGAGAUUGGAUAGCAUCAUACUUGUAACACUAAAAUGGUAAUCUUCUUUGUCAUAUUUAUCGUUGAUCAUCUAAACAUGUCAUGAUAGGUGGAAUAUCUUCAGAUAGUUAUUCCGAGUUUCGGACCAAUAAGACCCAAGUGUAAAAAGAUCCAGAUAGGAUCAAGGUAGUUAUGACGAUAAUUAGAACUUUCUCUGCUGGUGCACACUUAGAACUUGACUUGUUCAGAGUGAUGCCAUUCUAUGUCAAGCUAGGAAGCUAUCGUUAUCACUAAAAAUUCAAUGAAACGUCUUCAUCAUGCUACUAGUUUUCAGCUUUGAUGACUGGAAAACCGUACUGGUCAAAAUGGAUAAAUGAUUCCACACAUAGUUAACUGAUGUUCAAAGCAUUCAGUUUGACUGAGUACAAAACGUCAAUUGAAAUAAGGUGAGGUGUCACGUUGAAAUUGGCUGACAGUCUCAUUCAUGGUAAGGUUCCAUGGCCAGUUGGAACACGUAUGCUGAUUGUUAUUCCAGAUAGUUGUCUGCAAGAUUGAAAAAUGCUACUAGGGUUCUUCUAGAUUCAUGAAAAGUGUGGUGAAGUCAAGUGCAUAUGAAAUUGCUUCUUCUCUUUGUCACCAAUGUUCACAAUUCUCUCUAAAAAAUGGGUGAAGGAAAAUGUACACAAAUAUCUCGCGGAGGUUUGCAGGAAGUCGGGAACUCAGUGGAGGACACAAGGUAGCUGAAGGUUUGAUUUUCAUUUCUGAGCUCGCAAAGCUUUAAAUUCUUACUUGCAUGCAUCACAGAGGUCAUGAAAUUCUGACUUGAGCAAGGAAUAGAGUGGUUCAGUGGUUCCACAAUGAGAAGUUACUAUUAUUUUCUUGUUCUUGCCAUGAUUGCUUGUUUGUCCUCCUGGACGACAACCACUACCCUGGCUGAUCCUCGGGCAACGGUGGUUCGUGAGUUCUGCAACAAAACCCGAGAUGACGGUCCUGGAGCAGUUUGGGCCAACAAUUUUGUCGUUGCCUUUGACAACGUGAACUCAGAUCUUGAGCAAAAGGGAUGGGGGAUAACUUCUGUUGGGCAAGAUCCUAUUACCUUCUAUGCGCUUGUGCAAUGUCUGGAAGAUCUCAGCAAGGUCGACUGCACGCUCUGCUACUCAGAAAUAAGGUCUCUCCUACCAAAAUGCUAUCCUGAAAUUGGUGGCCGGAUAUAUCUUGAUGGCUGCUUCAUGAGGUAUGCAAAUUACUCUUUCUUUGAUGAGGUCAUGGACUCGUUGGACACGAGUGUGUGCUCUUCCAGUAACCACAGCUCAGACCAGCAGGGUUAUAGUUCUGCUGUGAAUACUGUGUUGAGUAAUGUCACUACCUUGGCUGUCAAGAGCAACAAAGGAUUUGCAGUUAGUUCAGCUUUUAGAUCAAUGGAAGUUGCAGCUUAUGCACUUGGUCAGUGCUGGGAGAACCUGAACACUUCGAGCUGUGCAGCCUGCCUCAGUGCAGCUGCAGCAUCGGUUGCCAAGUGUGCACCCGCAGAGGAAGGCCGUGCACUCUUUGCUGGCUGCUUCAUCAGAUAUUCGACAGCACCUUUUUGGAACUCAGAGAAUUCUGUGUCAAGGUUCAGCUCAAAGAAACUGGUUGUUCUUUUGACAGUCCUGAGUUCCUCUGUUGGUGUCAUUCUUGUACUUAUCUUCUCAGUAUUGGCAUGGCAGAAGAAGAAAGCUCGUCAGACAAGCGAAAGAUCACUGAGAGAUUUGUAUGGCUCUGAACUUCCUGCGAGGAUUUCUCAAUCAGGUCUGAAUUUCAGUUAUAAGGAUUUAAAGAAAGCAACAUGUUCGUUCGAUUUAGCGUACAAGAUAGGACAAGGCAGCAACGGUACUGUGUACAAGGCUAUUCUUCCUGGUGGGAAUGAAGUCGCUGCAAAGAGAUUGUUCCUGAACACAAAGCAGUGUAUCGAUCAGUUCUUCAAUGAAGUUGAUGUGAUAAGCCAAGUGCGUCACAAAAAUUUGGUGAAAUUGCUUGGAUGCAGUGUCGAUGGCCCAGAAAGCUUCUUGAUAUAUGAAUACCACUUCAACAGGAGCUUAGAUCUGUUCAUAUUCGCUGAUGACCAGAACAGGCAUUUGGAUUGGAAACAAAGGUUUGAUAUUAUUUAUGGCAUAGCGGAGGGUCUAUGCUACCUCCAUGAAGAAUCAGAAACUCGGAUCAUUCACCGGGACAUCAAAGCCAGCAACGUCCUCUUGGAUCAAAAGCUGAAGCCAAAAAUCACCGACUUCGGGCUUGCUCGAGUCCUCUGCGGUGACAGAACGCAUCUUACGACAGGAAUCGCUGGGACAGUUGGUUACAUGGCUCCAGAGUAUGUUGUGCACGGACAUCUCACCAACAAGGCAGAUGUGUACAGCUUCGGCGUGCUGGUUAUCGAGAUCGUCACCGGGAAGCGGUGUUGUGGGUCGACGGGGUCUCACUCUGGGCAUUCACUUUUAGCAGAGGUUUGGCAUAACUACAUGGCUAACACGGUGGAGAAGAUCGUUGACGCGAGACUGCGACAGCAGGUGGGCGCCUUGGAAGAAAUCACGCGCGUCGUGCAGGUCGGGCUGCUGUGCACACAGGCCAACCCCGACGAGCGGCCGGCCAUGUCGAGAGUGGUGGAGCUGCUAAGGGACAGGGACGGAGCACGCGGCGACGCGGGGUUCGUCCUGGGCGGCCCGCCGUUCUUCGAGGUCGACGUCGCGGGAGGUGCCGGCUGCAAUGAAGAUGAAGCGUCCACGCUGUUGCAAUGAAGCUGGGUCUCCGAUGAACGAAGUCUCCGGUUCGUAUUCUGAGUUCAGUAGUAUUCAGAAUUUCAGAUGAUUGCUUGGAUCUACAGUGCUUUUAUGGGUUUUUCUGAAUCUGAAUGCACAUUUCCCCAUGUGAGGUGCAGUCAAGUUGAAACUUUUCAUUUGCCCCUUCAUCAUGCCAUGAUCAUGAUGAUAAUCCUCUUGGGUAGUAUCAUGGUGCACUUUGAAGUUUGAACUCAGAUCAAUCACGGUUCAGAUGGAAUUUUUUUU